AUGCUUCUUACGGCAGCCAAUUUUGUGCAACGCGAUGUCUACGUGGUCGGACAGCCAAGUGAUUUUCUUCACCCCUGGCACUGUUGCGUCUAUCGGACUAGCUCGAUGACACAGGCUAACAGGGUGAUUGAGACAGGGGAGCAGCUCAUCUUGACUGUCUCGGAAUGUGUCGAGCGGAUUGCGACAGCCAAAAGAGCGGAUCCAUUGCAUUUUCCUCUUAUCCUCCGGUACACAGACCGCCACUAUUCGGCCUAUGUUCACUGCACGCUACCUGGACCUAGCGACUCUGUGGUCUCGGUCGAUGAUGACAGCGGUGAGGACAUGGAUAUUUCGCAAGGUGAGAUCAGCGAUGAGGAAACGAAAGGAGAAGAUGAUGGUCAGGCAGGAGUGGUCGGUGCUGCCACUCAACCCCGCUUGGGAGGGUGGCAUAACGAUCCAUCGACCCGAAUGGGUGCGGGUGCCAUAACGUACACAUUGCGCCGAGAUAUUCAGUUAAUUCUCAGGUGCUCGGCGGCGUCUCGGUAUCCUGAUCUUCUCGAGUUCCUGGUGAAUACGGUGGCCGCUUGCUCACCGGACACCCAGCUCCGCUUACUGGCGACAAAUCUUCGGCGGAUCAGUUCGGCGGAAAAACAACGAUUGCAGCUGGACUAUCAUAUAUCGGAUAAGGUCAUGUAUCAAUGA